CGGCCACAGCGCAGAGAGCGGCCAUGGAGCGGGCUCCGAACCUGCUUCUCCUCUGCAUCUUCACCUUUGCCAUGGUCCUGGUUCCCGCAGCCAAGGACCAGAGCAAGGCAGCCAGGGGCAGCAGAAGGGGCCUGGCACGGGCGCCCACAGCCCCCCCUGGCCUGGCCUGGGCCCCGGAGGAGCCCUACAGCAGCAUGGCACAGUACGAGCACGGCAUCCAGGACAUGGUGCGCCAGCUGAGGAACGGCUCCGAGCCGGGGGACACCGAGUGCCAGGUGAACCUGAGGCUCUGGAGGUCCAACCGCAGGAGCCUGUCCCCCUGGGCCUACAGGAUAAACCACGACGCCUCACGGAUCCCAGCCGACAUCCCCGAGGCGCGGUGCCUGUGCAGCGGCUGCAUUAACCCCUUCAGCCGGCAGGAGGACCGCAGCAUGGCCAGCGUCCCCAUCUUCAGCCGCCUGCCCGUGCGCCGCCUGCUCUGCCCGGCCCCGCCGGGGCACGGGGCACGGGGCAAGAAGUGCCACAAGAAGUACCAGAUGGUGAUGGAGACCAUCGCCGUGGGCUGCACCUGCAUCUUCUGAGGCUGCAAAGCUCACACCCUGCAGCUCCCCCAGUGCUGGCCGUUCUACCCAGCUUGCUCUUGCUUCCCCAGCUUGCCCGGCCCUUUGGGAGAGGCAGCAGGGUGAGGGGAGCUCCCUGUGCAAGAACUCCUCAAAAUCCCCCUGCAGAAUCUGUCAGCCCCAGCCCCAGCCCCAGCAGCUGCUCUGGGGACACCCAGGGCAGAGACAGCCCCAGGAUCAGGAUCAGCAUCAGGAUCAGCAUCAGGAUCAGCAUCAGGAUCAGGCCUCCUCCCUUCCCAAAGUCCCCACUUCCCUUUGUUUGCUCCAUUGCUGCAACAGCUCCUGGCAACACCCAGCCCUCCCGUCCUUCCCAGCCCUCCCGUCCUUCCCAGCCCUCCCCAGCCCUCCUGUCCAUCCCAGUCCUCCCAUUCCUUCCCAGACCUCUCCUGUCCUCUCCAGUCCUCCCACAGGUUCCUCUGUGCCAGGCUGGGCAGCCCAAGGAGCUGGGCAAGCUGCUGGUGCUUUGGGCAGCUUCU